AACGGGGGCGGAGCCUGAGCGUAGAGGCAGGACCACAGCCUGCUGCCUCUCUACAUCAACUCAUCUCUCAUGCACGGACAGUGCUGGAUUUCAGCCGUGGAGAGCCCCUGAGGUCCGUCACCAUUGUAUGCCCAAACAAUAAGGUGUUGUCGUGGGUGCUCCUGUUUGAACAGUGGUCAAGAUGGUGGCCCUGUCGCUGAAGAUAUGCGUGCGGCAGUGCAAUGUAGUGAAGACCAUGCAGUUUGAGCCCUCCACCCCAGUGUACGAUGCUUGCCGCAUCAUCAGAGAGAGGGUUCCUGAAGCACAGACUGGACAAGCCUCAGAUUAUGGUCUGUUCUUGUCAGAUGAUGACCCCAGGAAAGGAAUCUGGUUAGAGUCUGGACGUACACUGGAUUACUACAUGCUCCGGAAUGGGGAUGUUUUAGAGUACAAGAAGAAGCAGAGGCCGCAGAAGAUUAAAAUGCUUGAUGGGGCCAUCAAGACUAUCAUGGUAGAUGACUCCAAAACAGUGGGAGAGCUGCUGGUCACCAUCUGCAGUAGAAUAGGAAUAACAAACUAUGAGGAGUACUCGUUGAUCCAGGAGCAGGGCGAGGAGAGGAAGGAGGAUGGCAUGGGCACACUAAAGAAAGAGCGCACGCUGCUCCGAGAUGAGAGGAAGAUGGAGAAACUCAAAGCCAAGCUCCACACAGACGAUGACUUGAACUGGCUGGACCACAGUCGGACGUUCCGGGAGCAGGGAGUGGAGGAGAGUGAGACGCUGCUGCUCAGGAGAAAGUUUUUCUACUCUGACCAGAACGUGGACUCCCGUGACCCUGUCCAGCUCAACCUGCUUUAUGUACAGGCCAGAGAUGACAUCCUGAACGGCUCCCACCCAGUGUCCUUUGAUAAGGCCUGUGAGUUUGCUGGAAUCCAGGCGCAGAUCCAGUUCGGCCCCCACGUGGAGCAUAAACACAAGCCUGGAUUCUUAGACCUGAAGGAGUUCCUGCCCAAAGAGUAUAUCAAGCAGCGAGGGGCCGAGAAGAGGAUCUUUCAGGACCAUAAAAACUGUGGUGAAAUGACAGAAAUCGAGGCUAAGGUGAAAUAUGUGAAGCUCGCUAGGUCACUACGGACAUAUGGAGUGUCUUUCUUCCUAGUGAAGGAGAAGAUGAAAAGCAAGAAUAAGCUGGUCCCACGCUUGCUGGGCAUAACCAAAGAGUCAGUGAUGCGGGUGGACGAGAGGACCAAAGACGUGGUGCAGGAGUGGCCCCUGACUACAGUGAAAAGAUGGGCUGCCUCCCCCAAGAGCUUCACACUGGAUUUUGGGGAGUACCAGGAAAGCUAUUACUCUGUUCAGACCACAGAAGGGGAGCAGAUCUCUCAGCUUAUUGCAGGCUACAUCGACAUCAUCCUCAAAAAGAAACAGAGCAAGGACCGCUUUGGCUUGGAUGGAGAUGAGGAGUCCACCAUGCUGGAGGAAUCAGUGUCCCCAAAGAAGUCCACUAUCCUGCAGCAGCAGUUCAAUCGCGUGGGGAGAGUAGAGCAUGGAUCAGUGGCACUGCCUGGCAUCAUGCGUUCGGGCUCCAUCGGUGGACCGGACACUUUUAAUAUGGGCACCAUGCCUGCCCCCCAGCAACAAAUCACUACAGGACAGAUGCACAGAGGACACAUGCCCCCGCUGAGCCUGGCUCAGCAGGCACUGAUGGGCACCAUUAACAGCAGUAUGCAGGCAGUGCAGCAGGCCCAGGCUGACCUCGGAGAAGUGGACAACCUGCCUCCACUGGGGCAGGACAGGGCAUCCAGGGUUUGGGUUCAGAACAAAGUGGACGAAUCCAAGCAUGAAAUCCACUCGCAAGUAGAUGCCAUCACUGCCGGAACUGCAUCAGUGGUCAAUCUGACUGCAGGUGACCCUACAGAUACAGACUACACGGCUGUAGGCUGUGCCAUCACCACCAUCUCCUCUAAUCUGACCGAGAUGUCGAAGGGUGUGAAGCUGCUGGCCGCUCUGAUGGAAGACGAGGUGGGCAGUGGUCAGAACCUGAUGAGUGCAGCCAGAACCCUUACUGGGGCAGUGUCGGACCUGCUGCGGGCCGUGGAGCCAGCAUCCGGAGAGCCCAGGCAGACGGUGCUGACAGCAGCAGGCAGCAUCGGCCAGGCCAGCGGAGACCUCCUACGGCAGAUGGGAGAGGGAGAGACAGACGAGAGAUUCCAGGACAUCAUGAUGAACCUUGCCAAAGCAGUGGCUAAUGCAGCUGCCAUGUUGGUGCUGAAAGCGAAGAACGUGGCUCAGGUGGCCGAGGACACGGUGCUGCAAAACCGCGUCAUCACCGCGGCGACACAGUGCGCCCUCUCCACCUCCCAGCUGGUGGCCUGCACCAAGGUGGUGAGCCCCACCAUCAGCUCACCUGUGUGUCAGGAGCAGCUGGUGGAGGCUGGGCGGCUGGUGGAGCGCUCAGUAGAAGGUUGUGUGAAGGCGUGCCAUGCUGCCUCAGAAGAAGCAGAACUGCUGAGGCAGGUGAACGGGGCGGCGGGGGCGGUCAGCCAGGCGCUCAGUGACUUGCUCCAACAUGUCCGCCACUAUGCCAGCUGCGGAGAGCCCAUCGGCCGCUAUGACCAGGCCACUGACACAAUCAUGACCGUUACUGAGAGCAUCUUCACUUCCAUGGGAGACGCAGGUGAGAUGGUACGGCAGGCCCGUGUUUUGGCCCAAGCAACAUCAGAUCUGGUGAACGCCAUGCGUUCGGACGCAGAAGCAGAGGUGGACGUGGAUAACUCCAAGAAGCUGCUGGCUGCAGCCAAACUGCUGGCUGAUGCUACUGCCAGGAUGGUGGAGGCUGCCAAGGGGGCUGCUGCACACCCGGAGAACGAGGACCAGCAGCAGAGGCUGAGAGAGGCUGCAGAGGGACUGCGUGUGGCCACCAAUGCUGCAGCUCAAAACGCCAUCAAAAAGAAGCUUGUCAACAGACUGGAGAUUGCUGCCAAGCAGGCUGCAGCAGCAGCUACUCAGACCAUCGCAGCUGCUCAGAAUGCAGCUGCUUCCAACAAGAACACCGCCUCUCACCAGCAGCUAGUGCACAGCUGCAAGGCUGUAGCAGACCACAUCCCUCAACUGGUGCAAGGCAUGAGAAGUAGCCAGGCCCAGCCAGAGGACUUGAGUGCCCAGCUGACCCUCAUCAUCGCCAGUCAGAGCUUCUUACAGCCCGGCAGCAAAAUGGUGACUUCAGCAAAAUCAGCCGUUCCUACAGUAACUGACCAGGCCGCAGCUAUGCAACUGGGUCAGUGUGCCAAGAACCUAGCCACCUGCCUGGCAGAGCUACGGACAGCUGCCCAGAAGGCUCAUGAAGCUUGUGGGCCUCUGGAAAUAGACUCAGCUCUGAGCGCAGUCCAGACCCUGAAGAACGAGCUCCAGGAUGCCAAGAUGGCCGCCCUUGACGGACAACUCAAACCACUUCCCGGAGACUCGCUGGAGAAGUGUGCUCAGGACCUGGGAAGUACCUCUAAGGCUGUGGGCUCUUCCAUGGCCCAGCUGUUGACCUGUGCUGCCCAGGGCAAUGAACAUUACACUGGCGUAGCUGCGAGGGAGACUGCUCAGGCUCUGCGGACUCUAGCCCAGGCUGCUCGGGGAGUGGCUGCCUGCACAGUGGAGAGGCAGUCAGCAGCAGCCAUGCUGGACUCAGCCAGCCAUGUGAUGGAGGGCUCAGCCAUGCUCAUCCAUGAAGCCCACCAGGCCUUGGUCUCCCCCGGUGAUGCCGAGAGCCAGCAGAGACUAGCCCAGGUAGCGAAGGCUGUCUCCCACUCUCUGAAUAACUGUGUGAACUGCUUACCCGGGCAGAAGGAUGUGGACAUGGCUCUGAGGAGCAUAGGAGAAGCCAGCAAGAAACUGCUGGUGGAAAAUUUGCCUCCAUGCUCCAAGUCCUUCCAAGAGGCUCAGACGGAGUUGAAUCACACGGCCGCUGAGCUUAACCACUCGGCCGGGGAGGUGGUACACUCUUCUCGCGGCACCAGCAGCCAGCUGGCUGUGGCCUCCGGCAAGUUCAGCCGAGACUUUGAUGAGUUUCUGGAUGCUGGCAUCGAGAUGGCUGGACACACACAGUCCAAAGAUGACCAGAUCCAGGUGAUUGGCAACCUGAAGAACAUCUCCAUGGCCUCCAGCAAACUGCUGCUGGCCGCUAAGUCCCUGUCUGUGGAUCCUGGGGCUGCCAAUGCCAAGAAUCUUCUUGCAGCCGCAGCAAGAGCAGUGACAGAGAGCAUUAACCAGCUCAUCACACUGUGUACCCAGCAGGCACCAGGCCAGAAGGAGUGUGACAAUGCCCUGCGUGAGCUCGAGGCGGUGAGAGGAAUGCUAGACAAUCCGAAUGAACCAGUCAAUGAUCUCUCCUACUUUGACUGCAUAGAAAGUGUGAUGGAGAACUCCAAGGUGCUGGGAGAGUCUAUGGCAGGCAUCUCACAGCAUUGUAAGACAGGCGACGUGCCAGCCUUUGGGGAGUGUGUGGGUGUGGCAUCCAAAGCGCUGUGUGGGCUCACGGAGGCAGCAGGCCAGGCAUCAUACCUUGUGGGUGUGUCAGACCCUAACAGUCAGUCGGGUCAUCAGGGACUGGUGGACCCUAUCCAGUUUGCCAAGGCCAACCAGGCCAUUCAGAUGGCAUGCCAGAGCCUGGUGGACCCUGCCAGUAGCCCAUCCCAGGUGCUAUCCGCAGCCACGAUUGUAGCCAAGCACACCUCAGCUCUCUGCAAUGCCUGUCGGCUCGCAUCAUCCAAAACCGCCAACCCUGUCGCCAGGAGACAUUUUGUGCAAUCAGCCAAAGAAGUAGCCAACACCACAGCGAAUCUCGUCAAAACUAUUAAGGCUUUGGAUGGGGAUUUUUCAGACGAGAACCGUGAAAGAUGCCGUGUUGCCACGACCCCUCUUAUAGAGGCUGUUGAGAAUCUCUCCACGUUUGCCUCCAACCCGGAGUUCGCCAGCAUUCCUGCUCAGAUAAGCAACGAGGGCUCGGCAGCUCAGGAGCCAAUACUACGCUCCGCUCGGUCAAUGCUGGACAGUUCCACUCAGUUACUGGAGACUGCCCGCUCUCUCGUCAUCAACCCAAAAGACCCACCUACCUGGUCCAUUCUGGCAGGCCACUCCCGCACCGUGUCAGACUCCAUCAAAAGCCUCAUCACUGCCAUCAGGGACAAGGCUCCAGGCCAGCGGGAGUGCGACCACAGCAUUGACAGCAUCAACAAGUGCAUCAGAGACAUAGAGCAAGCCUCCUUAGCAGCUGUAGGCCAGAGUUUACCCUGCAGAGACGACAUCUCACUAGAGGCUGUACAGGAGCAGGUGACCUCGGCUGUGCAGGAGAUUGGUCAUCUGAUAGAGCCCAUCUCUACUGCAGCCCGUGGGGAGGCCGCGCAGCUUGGACACAAGGUGACUCAGCUGGCCAGCUACUUUGAGCCCCUUAUUGUGGCUGCUGUGGGGCUGGCCUCAAAGCACAUGGACCACCAACAGCAAAUGAACAUCUUGGACCAAACCAAGACUCUGGCCGAGUCAUCGCUGCAGAUGCUCUAUGCAGCCAAAGAAGGAGGAGGAAAUCCUAAGGCGUGCCAUACCCAUGAUGCAAUUGCAGAAGCAGCGCAGCUGAUGAAGGAAGCAGUGGAUGAUAUCAUGGUGACACUGAACGAGGCAGCGAGUGAAGGAGGGAUGGUGGGGGGUAUGGUGGAGUCUAUUGCUGAGGCCAUGGGACGGAUGGAUGAGGGAACACCCCCGGAGCCAGACGGCACAUUUGUGGAUUACCAGACCACCAUGGUGAAAUUCUCCAAGGCUAUCGCCAUCACUGCACAGGAGAUGAUGACGAAGUCAGUGACCUGUCAGGAGGAGCUGGGUGGCCUUGCGUCUCAGGUGACAGUGGACUACAGCCAACUGGCCCAGCAAGGCCGCUUGGCAGCCGCCACAGCCGAGCCGGAGGAGGUGGGCUUGCAGAUAAAGACGCGUGUGCAGGAGCUGGGUCAUGGCUGUAUUUACCUGGUGCAGAAGGCUGGAGCCCUACAGAUGAGUCCAACAGACAGCUUUACCAAGAGGGAGCUGAUCGAGUGUGCUCGGGCCGUCACUGAGAAGGUGUCCAUGGUGUUGUCCGCUCUGCAGGCCGGUAAUAAGGGCACCCAGGCGUGCAUCACGGCUGCCAGCUCCGUCUCAGGCAUUAUCGCUGACCUCGACACUACCAUCAUGUUCGCCUCUGCAGGCACACUCAACGCAGAGAACGACGAGUCCUUUGCAGACCACAGGGAGAACAUCCUGAAGACAGCGAAGGCUCUGGUGGAGGACACCAAGCUGCUAGUAGCUGGAGCAGCAUCCAGCCAGGAGAAAUUGGCCCAGGCUGCACAAUCUUCAGCCAAGACCAUCACUCAGCUAACUGACGUGGUCAAACUAGGGGCUGCCAGCAUGGGCUCCGAGGAUCCAGAGACACAGGUGGUUUUGAUCAACGCAGUGAGGGAUGUGGCUAAAGCUCUAGCUGAACUGAUAGGAGCCACUAAGUGUGCAGCAGGGAAAGCAGCAGAUGACCCCUCCAUGUACCAGCUAAAGAGUGCUGCCAAGGUGAUGGUGACUAACGUGACGUCUCUGCUGAAGACUGUCAAAGCAGUGGAGGAUGAAGCUACUCGCGGGACGAGGGCUCUGGAGGCCACCAUCGAGUUUAUCAAACAGGAGCUGACUGUUUUCCAGUCCAAGGACACUCCGGAGAAAAGCACAACACCAGAGGAGUUCAUCCGCAUGACCAAGGGCAUCACUGUAGCCACAGCCAAAGCUGUAGCAGCAGGCAACUCUGGCCAGCAGGAGGACGUGAUCGCCACUGCCAACCUGAGCCGCAAAGCCAUCUCUGACAUGCUGGUCACCUGCAAGCAAGCUGCAUACCACCAGGAAGUGGCUGAAGAUGUGAGAAACAAAGCCCUGCUCUAUGGCCUAGAAUGUACCACCGGAUACAUCGACCUGCUCGAACAUGUCCUUCUGGUCCUCCAGAAGCCUACAGCAGAACACAGGCAGCAGCUGGCUGUGCUUUCAAAGAAAGUAGCCAGCUCAGUCACCGAGCUCAUCCAGACUGCAGAAGCCAUGAAAGGCUCAGAGUGGGUGGACCCUGAGGAUCCUACAGUGAUUGCUGAGACAGAACUGCUAGGGGCUGCUGCAUCCAUCGAGGCUGCAGCCAAGAAGCUGGAGCAGCUUAAGCCCAGAGCCAAGCCUAAGCAAGCAGAUGAAUCAUUGGACUUUGAGGAGCAGAUUUUGGAAGCAGCCAAGUCCAUUGCAGCUGCAACCAGUGCUCUUGUGAAGUCUGCAUCAGCUGCACAAAGAGAGCUGGUGGCCCAGGGGAAGGUGGGUUCUAUCCCAGCCAAUGCAGUUGAUGAUGGCCAGUGGUCCCAGGGUCUCAUAUCAGCGGCCCGCAUGGUAGCAGCUGCCACUAGUAACCUGUGUGAGGCAGCCAAUGCCUCUGUGCAGGGUCACGCCAGUGAGGAGAAACUCAUUUCAUCUGCCAAGCAGGUAGCUGCUUCCACCGCACAACUGCUGGUGGCCUGCAAGGUGAAAGCUGACCAAGACUCCGAGGCCAUGCGGAGACUACAGUCUGCUGGCAAUGCAGUGAAGAGGGCAUCAGAUAACCUUGUGAAGGCAGCUCAAAAAGCAGCAUUUGACAAAGCAGAGGACGACAGCGUGGUGGUCAAGACAAAGUUUGUGGGUGGAAUCGCCCAGAUCAUUGCAGCGCAGGAGGAGAUGCUGAGGAAGGAGCGAGAGCUGGAGGAGGCACGGAAAAAGCUGGCGCACAUCAGACAGCAGCAGUAUAAAUUUCUGCCCAGCGAGCUGCGGGAAGAUCACAGCUGAGCGCUGACAAAAAUACAAGACUGAUGGACUGUGAUAUUACCAGUGAAGUUGGCUUCUUACCUGCCAGUGUCUGCCAUUAGUUUUGGAGCAGAAUUGUUAUCUCUGAUUGACUACUCUUCUCAUAGGUGGAGACAGACAUUAUGUGAUGUGGCUGGUAUGUGAUUGGCUUUUCACUCACAGACAGGUGGGAUCCUAUGAUUGGCUGUUCUCCUCACAAGAGCAUGGAGUUUUUAUUUGUGGCUGGUUGCUCUUUUCACAUAGGGCUAUUGUUCUUUGUUUUUCUCUUCUCUGUCAUUUACUGAUGAAGUUUGAACUUCUGGCUUAUUGUGAGAAGCACUGGCAGUUUUUGUCUGUGUGGGUGUGGAGGUAUGAGCGCAGAUGCAUAUAUUUGGGUGUGAACGUGUGUGAUAGCUGUAUGCCGGCCUUUGGAAAUAAGACUCCAGGACUCCUAAUGAUAAUAAUAAUCAUAGUACUCUUAACUUAACAGUCGUACCUGUGAGUAAAUCAUACAUAUUUUUGUUUAAGUACGCAAAGAUACUAUCUCUAUUAUGCUUGAUGUCUAUGGAGAUCUGAAAGCUCAGAUUAAAAUCUUAUGAGCUUGUAACGUACAAUAUAAUGCCCAUUCAUAAGCUUUCGUAACUUAUAUAGGAAUACCGUUCUUGAGUGAUGUUCUGCAUCAAAAAUAAUAAUCAUCUGAUGCCUUUGCUAAAGCACUCAACAUAAACAUAUCACGAAGGCUAAAAACUAUUGUAGGAUUGUGUUGUAUUCAGCUAGACAUAGCUGAGGAAUUAUAAGACUGCGUAGAAGCUGUAUGCCUGUGCAUUGUUGUAUUAUUUAUUGAUAAGAGAAUUGUAGCCGAGUCACAGAAGCUCCUCACCAACAGCACUACAGUUAUGUAUGAUCUGUUGUGAAUUAGUGGUGAAACAAAGCAGGCAAGACUAAGAUAGAUACCAUUCCAUCAUGAAGUUUGAAGUGAUGAAGCACUCUUCAGGUAUACCUCAGACGUUGUUAACACAUUUCAAUGGCAUAUUUACAGCCAUAUUCUCGACCUGUCUCUAACAUGCAGUCAAGUGUACUGAGACAAGUCCUUAAUCUCUGCUUCGGUCAAUUUGUCAAUCAGUUACUCUAAAAUGCACGAAAACACAAAUAUCAUGUGUGUUAAAAGAAGAUUUGAGGGUGUACGUGCAUGGCUCAUUGGAAUUACAAAUACAAAUACAAGAGACAACACAGCACUUCUAGCUUUGUAGGAUGCACUGACAUUGUCUGUAUUUCAGUGUACUCUUCUCUGCAAAUAACACAAGUACAUAUGCUUCUUGUGAACUUGGUAGACAUUAGUGAGAAAAUUGUGGUUUCCUUUGAGAUGGAUAUAUAGCUAUUCCCUUGUUUGUUUGUUGUUUGCAUAUUAAGAAUUACACAAUGUGGCACUUCAGCAGUACGUAUAUUGUGCUAAGGUUUUCUUGUGUCAAACUGCAAUACCCCACGCUCCAAAUUUGGACUGCAUUGUAUAUUAGUGCCUUAUACUGUCUGAUUUAAAGUGACUGCUGAUACAAGUUGCCCUUUUACACUGAUCAAGGAACCAAACCUUAACCUCAACUGCUAUAAGAAAAACCACAAAGCUGGUCUUAGAUCAGUGGAAGGGGGCAACUUCUACCAGUAACUGAUAAGUACAGUUUUAUGUCUUUCUGGGAAGGAAAAUGGUGUACCUUAUAAUAGUCUGGGCCUUUUGGAUGUCGGCAGUGUUGUGUCAGGUCUGAGCCUGGUGUCGGGUUUAAACUCCAGGGCCAUGACAGUCGUCUGAGUCUGCUCUGCCGUAUUGUUCUACCUAAUGUGGCCUGAAGCUCUUGCCUUGGUAGACUGCUCAACUGCCAGCCAUAAUUAUCUCUAGGAAGUGAUGGUGUGUAACAGCAUCACCAGUCACACAUACUAUAAUGGUGAAUAGGAAGAGUAAAAAAAAUUGGUAAUACUUUACUGUAGGGCAGCGUUCAUAAGGCUAUAUGACGCAGACGUAAGCUUGUCAUGACAACUGAUAAACUUACAUAAACAUUUAUAUAGGUGUCAUCUGUCUUAAAGGCGGUUUUGGUAACACUUUACUGUAGGGUA